AUGUUCAGAAAUAGAGCCCCGUUGCUCAGUUUUCUUUUGUUGUGCAUAUCCUCGGGGGUUCAUGCCUGCGGUGACCAUGAACACGGGAAGAGGGCCCUCCCGUCGUCCCCGCUGACUUCUCCGAGUCGACCACUGGAGUGGGGUGACAUCAACAUUCUUCAUACCACCGACACCCAUGGAUGGUUGCUUGGGCAUCAGAAAGCAUCGUUCCCUGAGCCCAAUUACAGUGGUGACUUUGGCGACUUCUCGUCAUUUGUGUCUCACAUGAAAACGAUUGCGUUGGAAAAGGACGUUGAUCUUCUGCUCGUCGAUUCUGGUGACAUUCAUGAUGGCACGGGGCUCACUGACGGACACCCUCCUGGUGGAAUUAACGCCCACGACGCAAGUAGCCUUUCUACGAAAUUCCUCAUGCAAUUGCCAUAUGAUGUCAUGGCAAUUGGCAACCAUGAGUUAUACACUUACGCUAAUACCCUCGAUAUGCACACCAACUUCGCCCCUCAGCUCAAGGGGCGAUACUUGUCAUCCAACGCAAAUAUCACUGUACCUGAUAAACACGGAAAACCAAUCAGUGUCCCCGUCGGCGAACGCUUUGCGAAAUUCAGGACACGGAAAGGACGCCGUAUUACCGCGUUUGGUGUGCUCUUUGAUUUCACUGGAAACGACAAAAACACCACCACGCAGAGAGUCUCCGAUAUGGUAAAAGAGAAAUGGUUCCGUUAUGCGAUCAUGGAGGAACCCGACGUUUUCUUGCUCGUUGGACAUAUGCCUGUGUCAGAGGACAAUUGGCCUCUUGUCGUUGAUGCGAUUCGAGCCGUUCAUCCUACAACACCCAUUAUGACAUUUGGAGGCCACAGUCACAUCCGGGACUGCAUUCAAUAUGACGGCCAUAGCAUGGGAAUCCAAAGCGGAAGAUAUAUGGAAACCAUUGGGUGGAUGAGUGCCAAGUUAAGUAUCAAGCAAGAAAAGAACACCACUUUCAGUCGUCGCUACCUUGAUCCAAACCGGGUCACGUACGAAUAUCAUGCAGGCCGUUCUGGGGCUAAAUUCGAUACCUACAUGGGAAAGAAAAUAACUCGCGGCUUGAAGGCUCUUGCGCAACGCUUCAACCUUGAUUUCCUCUUCGGCACGACGCCUCGCGAUUAUACCCUCAGCCAAGCGCCCUAUCCUUCUGAAAACUCACUACAUUCCCUAUAUAUUGAGGAGGCUACUCCUGGGGCCCUGUCUAUCAACAACACAAGGGCAGACAUUCCCCGCCUUUUGAUAUCUAAUUCUGGCCUUUUGCGUUUCGACGUCUAUUCAGGCCCAUUCACGAAGAAUGAUCAACUCUCAGCUUCUCCUUUUGCGGAUAGAUGGUUGUAUAUUCCCAACGUCAAGCUUUCAGUUGCCAACCAGGUUCUCAACUCCUUAAACCAAGUAGGGGAGGAGCAUCGUCGCAGCCUGGAGGAAGAGGAAGAACGAGCGAAAGAACUUUAUGCGAAAGGAGAGAUUGAUGCGAAGUUCAAGUCCUGGUUGGAGGAGAUGGAUAAACGGAAUGGGCCUGAACGGCGGGCUGCUGGGAACCUAACAUUGGGUUAUGUCACGGAGGAUUCAUGCCCUGGGACUGGAGAUGACACUUUGCACGCCCCUCUUCCCUACCAUCGCGUCCCCGAUUUCAUCCAAUCCCGCGCCCCUGACAUCUCUCCUGAUUCCCCUAUCGACCUAAUUUUCGUCGACUUCAUCGAAAAGCAACUAGUCGGGAUCUUGAACCGGCUACAGACCGACAGAGCGUAUGCUUCUUCCGAUGUUCAAGAGUACAGCAAAAUCCUCACUAAUGAAGUCCUUGGGGUUUAUGCCCAAGGGGCCUGGAACUAG